AUGUCCAGGCGUCGAGGGUUUGGCUGUAUUCCCACGAUUAUGCGCUUGGCCAGGAUGUCUACCAACAUCAACGAUCCUGCAGGCGUGAAGGCUCUUCUUGAUCAGCUACGCUCUUCGCAAGCGUGGCAGGACAUUGCACAGGCACCGCCGCAGCAACCACCACCAGAGCCCACGCUCAGGGUUCCCGAUGCAAACACAUCUAUCUUACCUCCCCCGAUCGCUGUGUCGCAAGCCACCGAGAGUACUGCCUCGCCUCUUGAUGCUGCAUCUCUGGGCGAUACUGGCAAUUUAUCGACAUCUGGCAGUGCGUCUGGGCCCCCCGAAUCGCUACUGGCGCCCUCCGUCGCGUCCCUCCUGUCUCAGCUGCAGGUCGUCUCAUCAUCCGCACCCCAGUCGAUAUUAACACGCGUCUCACCACCUGUUCGCUCUGUUCAAACACCGCAACUUCUUUCGCCGUACCAGUCUAUGCCCGAGGGGAGGCCGACCGAAUCGCCGCUCGCGCCUCUGCCAUCUCCGGCCCGAACAGAGGAUCUCCGCAAGUCCACGUUCCAGCAAGCCCUCCCCCACCUGGCACGCCUAUCGGAGGACCCAGACUUCGUCAAUGUCAUCUCAAGGAUGAAAAGGGAGCAGGCUGACCUGGAACGGCAACUAUGGGACGAGAGACAGGGGAUACAGAAAAAGCAGGAAGAGAAGGUGAAGAUUGCGCGUACGAAAGCGAGCAUGGUUGGGAGUGGGCUGACGCAGUUCGAGGCUGAUAUGCUAUCAGACUCCUUUCGUAAAGAGUUACGCAAGUUUGACUCCGAGCGCGUCCUGCCUGCUUGGGAUGGUCUAGUCGCGAAGCAGCAGGCGAGACUCGAAGCCCUCGGUGUCCCGGUGAUGUAUCUCACCAGCAUAAAGACAGACCGAGAGACAUUCGCUUUGCGUCUCAUGGAGAUCGUUCAAGUAUCGCCUUCUACUGUCUGCGUCAGGGGAGACAGUGCACUGAUAGUCAAAAUAGUAGAACCACUGCACGCUUCUGAAAUUGAAGAAGUGUAUUUGACCGCUGGCGAGGGGGUCACCGAUAGUCGCCGAUGUGUGGGCUUAUGCGCACUCGGUAGUCUAACCGCAGAUGGCUAUUACCUCACGGAAGUCGACGACAACUUGCCCCAGUGGGUGCAUACAGUCGGCAUCGUCGCCACCCUCGCCACUCCUUAUCCCGUUUCAACCAACAUGCCAUACGUCGACCUCGUCUCCGACGACGACUAUGCGUCUAUCUGGUACUACACCAACUCACCCAACGGCAAUGUCAGCGGCUUCGACCCGGACAAACCAACAAUUGCCAUGUUGCACCCGCUAUGUCUGGAUUCAACCUUCAUGCACCCGCAACUGGACGAUCCACGGCUAGACCUGGGCUACAACAUCAUCGUGUUCGAUACACGAACAACUGGCAAGUCUCUGUCGAGGGCCUCCGGUCGGCACGAUCUUUGGGUCAUCACUGCCGAUUUGGCCCAUUGCUUCCAUCAUCUUCGUCUUCCGCCAGUACACUUCUUCGCACCAGAGCUUUACGGCUACGUCGCCUUGCGCUUCGCUGUCCUGUUCCCGGAGUGGGCUCUGAGUGUCACGCUCUGCAACAUUCCAGCCCAGACAGAGCUCAAUGCAGUAUUUGAUGCGUUUGAAGAGCUCGUGCAGUUAUGGGCGUUUGCAGAAGACCUAGAGUCAUUUGAGUAUUCAUGUAAGGAGCUGCUUGACCUAUUCGUUGGCACGGAAGGUCAUCCUGAUCUUCUCGACGAGUUGGUCGCUUACUGGGAAGUGCACUAUCCACCGUUCCGAAGAAGCCAAGUGAUCCAGAAUAUGAACGUUUUCAUGAAUCGCCAGACGCUUAGCCCUGAGACGCUCGCACGCAUCACUUGUCCCGUUGUGAUCAUGCAGGCAGAGUCGAGUCAGACACAUCCGUACGGAUACGCCGAGGAGCUAGCAGAUUUACUCAUAGGUACUCCAGACAACCGUGCGACUGUCUUCAUGGUGAAAGGUAAAUCGUCGCAAGGGUAUCUUUCGCUUCUCAGUGCCUCUAUUGUCAAUCAGACUUUCCACAAGUUCCUCCGUCAACAGCGGCCAGCACGCUCAGAGCUCAAACGCCCUGAGAUCUCCCUAGUAGAUAGGAUGAGAACAGCCCUUACGAAGCUCUCGCAGCUAGUGAAAAACUCGUCUAUUGCCAUGCGGGAUCCACUAUCCCCCCUGUCCUUUUCGUGUCUUUCUGCCGACACAGUCUCCAGCCAGGAGAUAACCUGGCUGGCAUACAGGAAGGAACAAUCAGCCGCCUUCUCGCCUCUUGGGGCUGACGGGCGGCCGCUCCGGAAAUUCUCUGAGCGCAAGGAUCAUUGGCUGGACGGGGAUGCAGAUGGCUUCUCGUAUGCGAAGACGAGGGAGAAGAAACAAGAGAAGAAGCCCCCGCGGCGGCGCGAGGUCCGCGACAUUCGCUUCCUUUUGCCAUAUUCUGAGCCCGUCUCGGAGGAGGCGCAGCACGUCGCCCGCAUCCGCCGCGCAACGAUCUACCCUGGCGCAGUUGACAAGCAUGUCAUCAAGGGGUCGAUGGCAAAGGUUGUCCAGAAUGGCAACGUCCCCCUGUCGCGGCUGCUCCGAUGA